UGUUGCUGAACUGUUGCACAGUCAGACAAGUGCAAUAAAAAGAGCAGAACAAAUGGGUCUUUUUGGGCCUUUGGUUUCCAUCCUCUCCUCCAGUCCCACUACACUGUUGGGUGCUGUCGCUGUCUUGCUCUUCCUUUACCUUCUUUUCAGUAACUUCAUUUCCCAGCAAGGUCGGACGGAGCCUCCAGGACCGAGGCGCCUGCCUCUGAUUGGAAACCUGUUGCAGCUUGAUCUCAAGAGACCAUAUGAGACCCUAUGUGAGCUUUCUAAGGAAUAUGGAUCUGUAUUCACAAUCUACAUGGGAAUCAAUAAAGUGGUGGUGCUGGCUGGAUACGAGACGGUCAAAGAGGCUCUGGUCAACCAUGGAGAAGAGUUUGGGAACCGAGAUAUCUCACCAAUUUUGUACGAAACAAACCUGGGUUAUGGGAUUGCUUUUGCCAAUGGAGAAUCAUGGAAAGAGAUGAGAACAUUUGCCAUCACCGUUCUCAGAGAAUUUGUAAUGGAAACAUCAGCUGCGGAGGAUAAAAUCACAGAGGAGUGCAGCCACGUGAUCCAAAUACUUGAAAAGCACCAAGGGAAACCCUUUGAAACAGCAGAUCCAAUAAACAAUGCAACGUUCAACAUCAUCGCAUCCAUCGUGUAUGGAAGCAGAUUUGAGUACGAUGACCCCACAUUCACAAGUAUGGUGGAGAGAAAUGAUGAGUCUGUCCGUCUCGCUGGGUCUAAAUUAAUCCAGAUUUACAACAUGUUUCCCAAACUGACUGGUUGGAUCAGUGACCGGACACAGAUGUUGAAUAAUGCUGAGACUAAUGUUAAAGAAGUCAGAAGUGUAGUGAAGACCCUACAAGAGACCCUAAACCCUGACAAAUGCCGUGGGUUUGUGGAUCAUUUUCUGGUUCGGAUGCAGAAAGACGAGGAUGCGCAGGUUAAGGACACAUACUUCACUGAAAUGAACUUGAUAGUGUCGGUGAGCAGCCUGUUUCGUGCUGGUGUUAGAGCCACAGCAGGUUCACUCCAGUGGGCUUUGCUGUUCAUGGCUAGAUAUCCACAAAUACAAAACCAGGUCUAUGAGGAGCUCAACAGAGUGGUCGGAAGUCGUCAGGUCCGUGUAAAUGAUCGGGAAAGCCUGCCCUACACUAACGCUGUUAUCCAUGAGAUUCAGAGAUUGGCAGACGUUACUCCCUUGGCCAUUCCUCACCAAACCAGUCAAGACGUCACUUUUCACGACUACUUCAUCAAGAAGGGGACCACUGUGUUUGCUCUUCUUACCUCCGUCCUGUAUGAUGAGACUCAAUGGGAGAGCCCACUCACUUUUAACCCCGGUCACUUCCUGGAUGAGGAGGGUAAAUUUAUCAAGAGAGAUGCCUUCCUGCCCCUUUCUGCAGGUUGGAGGAUGUGUAUCGGAGAGAGUCUGGCCAAGAUGGAACUCUUCCUCUUCUUCACUUCCCUCUUGCAGCGUUUUCAGUUCACCCCUCCACCUGGGGUGAAAGAAGAUGAACUAGAUCUGACUUCAGUCCCGGGCUUCACUCGUGUUCCCCUACGGCAUAAAUUGUGUGCCAUCAUUCGCCAGUGAGGAAGAGAGUUGGAUCAUGUUGUGUUUUUUACUGUGAAAUUAUGUCUGCUCACCUUCAUUUGAGGCAGUAUUUUUACAUCUUGCUGGGUCGUCGUCUCUGUAAGCUUAGACAUAUAUUUUGCUUUUCUUACACUGGGUUUCACAUGGUUUAUUUUUGGACACUGGAAUUAUCUGGUGAUUCAGUAUAAUAUUUUGGUCCUUGUUUUUCCUGUUAUUUGACUACUUCCUUCUAUAUGAGACAAAUUUCGCCAGUAAUGUCACAUUUUUUAAGUAAAUCUACACCCACUAAAUGUGUCUGUGUUUUCAAGUCAGGCCGAUUUAGAGCUUUAGUAAUAGAAAAAAAAUCUGUUGCUUUGUGCGAACUGCCAUUUGAUAUCAUCGCUUACCAGAUUGGUGUUCGAUCCUUGUAACCCUAGACACAGAUUACAUUCCUGCUUGUUCUGUCAUGCAGGUAAAAUAGGUUAACAUGAGUCCAACUUCUCAGGACAAACUAACAAAUGGUAAAAAAAACAAAAAAAAAAACAAAAAAAAAACCUGAAUGAGGAAAGCAUUUUGUUAAUAUCUAAAUGUUGAGUGAACAUUUAUCAUUCUGUCUGAGUUUUACAUGAUAAUUUGUUUAAUUUGUAGGAACUAAUUUGACUCAUGUAAUUUGGUUCAUUCUUUUAUUCUGAACACCCUGGGCUCAGAUGUACAUUUACAUGUUCAUGUAUUCAGGGAUAUAUUUUUUUUUCUUUUAUAUGUUAUAUUGAUGCCUGUAUUUGGAUUACAUGUGUUUGCUUAUUUUUCACUGGAAAGUAUUUGCAUAGACCAUAAACCAUUUUUGGCUUUUAACCACGCACAAUGUCUGACACAAUGACUUUUUAAAGUUUUACAGUCAUCUUGUACCCUAACUAAAGUAAAGUAAAUAAAGUAAUAUUUAGUUCAAGACUAGAACUUGGCUGCUUUGAAUAUGGUUAUAAGACAUUUUUCAGACUGUCAAAUUUUGUUAUUCAAAACUUUCAACAUUAAACAAAGACUCAAAUGACAUUA